AAAGGUAGCAAAAUCCAUUUCGGUAGUUUCUGGUUGCAUUUCGGUACUUUUGGGUUAUAUUUCGGUGCAUUCCGGUAUUAGGCAAAACCGAGGGACGCAGAAUGUAAACACAAGAUCAGGUCACGGUUAUCCGCAGCUUUGUCUCUACCAGCCGUGAAGUUGUAAACGUGAACGAAAUUGCUCAUGAUGGCAAGUGGUACUGCCACGUUAUUGAGGACAAUAAACACCCAUUGGAAGAAUGCAAGUUUCAUCCUUCCAAGCAGCUGUCGUAGCUUCCAUACUGGAGAGCCAGUGUCAACAGACAUUCUGCAGGGUCGGUGGGUCUCAAGUCACCAGUACCAGCAGUUGGAUCUGGAAGAGAACUUUGCAUCUUCUAAGCUGGUGCUCGAUGAGCUUCCCCCAAAGGAGGCCAAGGUUGUGGUGUGUGGUGGGGGCAUGGUGGGAACCUCUGUCCUUUAUCACCUGGCUAUGCUGGGCUGGGGCAAGGAUGUUGUCAUGCUUGAGCAAGGAAGGAUUGGUGGAGCUUCCUCCUGGAGAGGUUCUGGGUUCCUUGGAGGGGUAAAACUCACUGGACCAGAAAUGAAAAUUUUGUGUAAAAGCAAAGCUCUUGCCAAAGAAUUGUCAGAUGCUGGACAUGACACGGGCUGGAAGCAGUGUGGGGGACUGCACUUGGCUCGCACCCGAGACAGAAUUACACAUUUUCGCAAGAUGAGAGCAAUUGCAGAAGCAAAUGGAACAGAAUGCUAUAUACUUUCUCCUGAAGAAACUGCCAAAAAGUGUGAUAUCAUAAACACCUCAGACUUGGUAGGAUCGUUCUGGGUUCCCAAUGAUGGUGUGUGCGACCCUUACAAGCUCACCUUCACUCUUCUCAAGCUGGCUUUAGAGCAAGGUGCGCAUGUUGUGGAUGAGUGCCACCUGUCUCGGAUACUGGUUCAGAAUGAGCGAGUGGUGGCAGUAGAAACCAGCAAGGGCAUGAUAGAAUGUGACUACAUUGUCAAUACAGGUGGUCUCUGGGCUCGGAAUAUUGGCCAGAUGUCUGAGCCUCAGGUCAAGGUGCCUGUCCAUCCUGCAGAACACUACUUCCUCUAUACUCAGAAGCUGGAUGGAAUUGAUCCUAUGAUGCCUGCUCUGAGGGAUCCAGAUGGCAACAUAUACAUCAGGGAGUUCAAUGAAGGAUUUCUCUGUGGUGGUUUUGAGAAGUGGGCUAAACCAUCAUUUGAGAAAGAAUUACCAGGUCCUCUUCAAGACCGAGAGUUGCUGGAGGAUUGGGACCAUUUCUUUGUCAUGCUGAAGGAAAUGCUGUUUCGUGUCCCUGUGAUGAAGAAGGCAGUUCUUGGCUGCCUCUAUAAUACCUCUUGUGCAUUCUCUGCUGAUCACAGGUGGAUUCUAGGGAUGGUACCAGAACUGACAAACUACUUUGUGGUUGGUGGACUGAGGAGUGGAGGCAGCAGUGCAGCAGGAGGUAUUGGCUCCAUGAUUGCUGAGUGGAUCGUCAGUGGGACGCCAAACAUGGAUGCAUAUGACCUGGAUAUCUUGCGUUUCCUACCAGCACACAACAAUGGAAGAUUUUUAUUGGAUCGUGUACGAGAAGUUCCAGGAAUCCACUACAGUAUUGCAUAUCCCUUUUCUGACUUCACGACUGGAAGAUGUUUACGUAUGUCACCAAUAUUUCCUCGACUGAAGGCUGCAGGUGCUGUGUUUGGGCAAGUGAUGGGCUAUGAACGGCCAAGUUACUUCACUCAUAGAUCUGAUGGAGAUUCAGCUGAUUAUGAGAGUACCUUCAACAAUGAGGCAUCAAUCCCCUUUCAAAUUGCUACAACAAAAACAUGGACCAAGCCACAAUGGUUUGAUCAUGCUGCAAAGGAGUAUGCUGCCUGCAGGGAAGGAGUUGCCCUUCUGGAUUACUCUUCAUUUGCAAAGUUUGAUGUGUGGUCUAAAGGUAAUGAAGUAGUGCAAGCCCUGCAGUAUCUGUGCAGCAAUGAUCUGGACAUCCCUGUUGGCAACAUUAUACAUACUGGAAUGCAGAAUUCUUAUGGUGGCUAUGAAAAUGACUGUUCACUGGCUCGUACUGCCCCAAACCACUACAUGAUGAUAGCACCCAGCAUUCAGCAGACACGCUGCAGCACCUGGCUCAAGAGGAACCUCCCAUCAGAUGGCUCCGUGGUCAUGAGUGACGUCACCUCUAUGUACACUGCCAUAUGCCUCAUGGGUCCAUUGGCACGGAACGUACUCUCUGAAUUGACGGAUGAAGAUCUCUCACCCAAGGCGUUCCCUUUCUUCUCCUUCAAGGAGAUGGAUGUCGGUCUUGCUAAUGGAAUUCGUGCCAUGAAUAUCACUCACACAGGGGAACUAGGAUGGGUAUUAUACAUCCCAAAUGAGUAUGCAGUACAUGUGUAUGAGAACUUAGUAUCUGUGGGCAAAAAUUACAACAUGCUUCAUGCUGGUUAUUAUGCCAUGCGCUCCCUAAGAAUAGAGAAGUUCUAUGCCUUCUGGGGCCAAGACCUGGACUCCACCACAACACCCCUAGAGUGUGGGCGAGGCUUCAGAGUUAAGCUGAAUAAAGAUAUAGAUUUCAUUGGCCGAGAGGCUUUGGAACAGCAGAAGAAGGAAGGUGUGAAAAGACUGUACGUGCAUCUGCAGUUGGAAGACCACAAUCCUGAGGUGGACCCUUGGGCAUGGGGUGGAGAGCCUAUUUAUAGGGAUGGUGUGUUUGUUGGUGUCACCACAACCACUGGCUAUGGCUUUACACUCAACAACUUGAUUUGCCUGGGCUUUGUAAGGAACUAUGAUAAGAAUGGCAAUAUGGAUUAUGUGACUCCUGAAUACAUAAUGGCUGGAGACUAUGAAGUGGAUAUUGCUGGUGUACGAUAUUCUGCCAGUGUCAGUCUGCGGUCACCUUCAUUACCCUCCAAGUUCCCAGAGCCACAGGGUAACCGUUACUUGGCAACACAGACAUAAUUGCUGCUACUCCUGGAAUGAAGGAAACUAACUUCCAGGAUAACAACCUAAGGAAAGGAUCAAUGACAAGAGAUAAAAACAGGUGCUUAAGAACCUCCUGUUGAGGCUUUCAAGGCUGUGUGUCUAUAUAUAUAUAUAUUUACAACUGCUUCCUAUUCACCUCUGUCAUAUUCUUUCACACGUUCUUGCUUCUCUAGCAUCUCUCUUGAAUGUGACAAACUCUUCACUCUUCAUCCUUCCCAUUGAUGGUCUUCCCUCCAGCUUUACACAUCUAGCGUCAAACUUAUCUUAACAUAUUGCUUCUUUUUUCUAUUCUCUCCACAAGCCAAAACCAUCACGGCACUUCCUGCAUUGUUCAAACAAUGUACAUGCUAAUGUAUAUUACAAGGCACAUUUCCUGAUAGAGCUUCAACAAAUACUCAUAUGUAGGUAGAUAAAACUAUGCUAGUCAGUAUACAAUAGAAUAACAUCCAGUGUGAACAAGUAAUGUAACUUGGCAAUGGCAAACUAUAUAACAAUCAUUUGAGGCAGAAGAGGCAUGAAAGAUGUCCCAUUUGUGAUUAAGAUAGUAAUCUGGAUGCAGGUGUUUUGUUCAUCUUGAUCUGUCUUUUGUCAGGUAAUAUGUGAUGAUUCAAAGGGUAGUAUAAUGCAAGUAUUACAAUUAGUUUUUGCAAUACCAGAAUUGCCCCUCGUGUAAAGUAACUGCUUCAGUACUCAAAGAAUGUAAGCAAUAUAUACUGUGAGGAUGCAUUAAAAAAAAUGAGUGUUAGAUUUUUUUUUUUUUUUUUUUUUUUUUUUUUUGGAGAGCAUGUAUUGCUAUGAGCACUUUAGGUUGAAUUAAGCUUUUGUGCAGUACAUUCAAAGUAAUCAUCCUGAUCACACAUAUCCAGUUGAACAACGUUGCUUGUUAGAUCUAACGCAGGACUUCAGGCACAGUGCACAGUGAGGCAUGUGGCAGUGUGUUACUGAACACUAUCCACAAGAUCAGGUUUGAAAAAGGAUAAUGAAAGGAACCUGCACAGAGUGAAGCCCCAAAAAGGUUGUGAAGGAUUUGGUAUCACUGAUGUGACUGAUAUUUUACACUGCAACUUCAGGGUCAUUUGAUGUGUGCCCUUAGUGAAUAUUGCUUGCAUAUUGCUUUUAGUCCUUAAUAAUUGUUACCUUUGGUACUGUUGGUUUUGUUUACAAGAGUCGGCUGUUCAGAUCUGCAGGUAGGGCAUUUCAUUGCCUUUCUGGUAAGGUGACAAAAAUGUAUCUAAAGGUACAAUAGGUGCAUACAUUUUGUUUUAUACUUAUUGGAGCAACAUUGCCACAAGCAGCUUGGAAAUUAAACAACAGGAUCUACAACGAUCCUCUAUGUGAUUUACAAAUAUUUUGUGUACUUUAAAACACUUUGUUAUAUAAGCAGUCUUAAAUAUUUUAAUGUAUAUAAUAUGUAAAUAGAGUUUUCUUAUUUAAA